AUGGCAUCAACAUGUUUUGUCAACAAGAAUGAAUUUCCUAUGAAAGUGGUAGCUCCCAUCUCUCAUUUGUAUCCUGAACCUCUUGCAAAAUAUGACGAUGUUGUGGCAAAUCCCAAGCUCUUCAUGCUUACAUUGGAGAAACUUCAUGCUUCUAUGGGAACCAAGUUCAUGAUUCCGAUUAUUGGAGGAAAGGAACUAGAUUUGUGUCGACUAUUCGUUGAAGUGACUUCUCGUGGAGGGAUUGAGAAGCUUAUGAAAGAGAGAAGAUGGAAGGAAGUAACAGCAACUUUCAAUUUUCCAUCAACAGCGACAAAUGCUUCAUUUGUGCUUAGAAAAUAUUAUGCUUCAUUACUUUAUCACUAUGAACAAAUAUACUAUUUUAGAGUCAAUCGAUGGACGCCUGCAUCUUAUGAUGUUUGGCAAAAUCAACCAACCAUGUCAACUUCUGCUUCAAUUGCACAAUUUUUGCAGCCUUCUUCGGCAACACAACCAAUUGACUUUCAAAAGUCAAUGAUUCGUGCUUCUGAAUUGCCUCAAGUGUCUUUUUCAAGACCUUCACUUGUUGGAGUUAUUGAUGGAAAAUUUGAAAAUGGAUAUUUAAUUUCAGUUUCAUUAGGUUCAGAGACACUUAAAGGUGUACUAUAUGAGUCUCCACAGUACAUUAUGAUUAAUAAUAACAAUAUUGCUUCUGCUGCAUUGGGGGUCCAACGCCGCCGUCGCAGAAGGAAGAAGUCAGAAAUAAAAAGGAGAGAUCCUGCUCAUCCAAAACCCAACAAAAGUGGUUACAAUUUUUUCUUUGCUGAGCAACAUGCAAGACUAAAGCUACUAAACCAAACCAUGGACAAAGAUAUUAGUAGAAUGAUUGGUGAACUAUGGAACAACUUAAAAGAGUCUGAAAAAACAGUUUAUCAAGAAAAAGCCAUUAAGGAUAAAGAGAGGUACCAAGCAGAAAUGGAAGAUUAUCGCGAAAGAUUGAAAACAUGUACUACAAUUGACGACACAGUGCCUCUCCAACAACGGUUUCCGGAAGCAAAUUCAGCUUUGGUGGAUGUUGACAUGAAAAUGUUUGAUUCAUUUCAAACUCCUGAGGAGAGUUUUUCUAGUGGAAGUGAUUAUGUUGUAGAUGAUGUCAACAUGGAUGCUUCCUCAAGUGGAGCAAAAGUUGACUCUGAAACUUUUAUGCAUUCAGAAAAACCAACUAAGGAAGGAGUUAUUGAACUUCUUAGCCAUUGUGAGGUGGAAAAAAAGGAUGCCGGAGGAUUUCAACAUACUCAAAAGAAGAGCGAGGGUCAAAACAUGUUAACCUUACUUUAAUGCAAAGAGCAUGUCAAAGUAGA